AUGUUCGGCAUCUGUCUGCCUAGUUCCUUCGGCAUUUAUUUAUCUAAUUAUCUCUUCAGCAUCUAUCUAUGUAGUUUUUUCUUCGGCACUUAUCUCUCUGGCUUUUUUUCCUUGGCAUCUGUCAGUGUAGUUCCUUUUACAACGUCUACUCUGUCUCGUUCUAUUUUUGGUAUCUAUCUGUGUAGGUCUGUAGAAUUACACCACCACCAUUACAUAAACACAGUACAUCGUGAAAAAAUCUAUCUAUCUAUCUAUCUAUCGCAGACUAUUCAAUAUCUAUGUCCUUUCUUUCCUUUCUAUAUAAUAUCUAUCUAUUCAAUAUGUGUCUAUCUAUCUCGGACUAUUCAAUCUGUCUAUCUAUCUAUCUAUCUAGCUAUCUAUGUCCUUUCUUUUGUGGAUCUUUAUCUAUAUAAUAUUUAUCUAUUCAAUAUCUAUCUUUGUCUAUUCAUUAUCUAUCUAUCUAUCUAUCUAUCUAUCUAUCUAUCUAUUUCCUUUCCUUUGUGGUUCUUUAGUUUCGUCAUUGUAUUCAUCUCUCUUUCUCUCACUUGCCGAUCUUCGAGUGGCCACCUUGUAAAGGUUCUUUUUCAAAGGGAGCGUCUAUUAACGUCACCUAUCAUAUCUAUCUAUCUAUCUAUCUAUCUAUCUAUCUAUCUAUCUAUCUCAGUCUUUUUCUUUCUUUCAAUCUUUCUUUCUCUCUUUCUUUCAUUCUUUCACUCUAUCUAUCUAUCUAUCUAUCUAUCUAUCUAUCUAUCUAUCUAUCUAUCUAUCUAUCAUAGUCUGUUAAUAUCUAUCUAUCUAUCUAUCUAUCUAUCUAUCUAUCUAUCUAUCUCAGUCUCUUUCUUUCAUUCUUUCUCUCUUUCUUUCAUUCUUUCUCUCUCUCUCUCUAUCUAUCUAUCUCAGUUUCCUUCUUUCUUUCUUUCUUUCUUUCUUUAUCUUUCUAUCUAUCUAUCUAUCUAUCUAUCAUACUCUGUUAAUAUCUAUCUAUCUAUCUAUCUAUCUAUCUAUCUAUUUAUCUAUCUCAGUCUCUUCUCUUAUCUAUCUAUCUAUCUAUCUAUCUAUCUAUCUAUCUAUCUAUCUAUCUAUCUAUCUCAGUCUCUUUCUUUCUCUCUUUCUUUCAUUCUUUCUUUCUUUCUUUAUCUAUCUAUCUAUCUAUCUAUCUAUCUCAGUCUCUUCUCUUAUCUAUCUAUCUAUCUAUCUAUCUAUCUAUCUAUCUAUCUAUCUCAGUCUCUUUCUUUCUCUCUUUCAUUCUUCCUUUCUUUCUUUCUUUAUCUAUCUAUCUAUCUAUCUAUCUAUCUAUCUAUCUAUCUAUCUAAUAAUUCAGGCCGCGUAUCUAUCUAUCUAUCUAUCUAUCUAUCUAUCUAUCUAUCUAUCUAUCUAUCUAUCCAAAAGUGUUUUAUUGAAUAA